AUGGAUAUUUUGGAGCUUAUUCACAUGGAAUCUCAAUAUAGCGAAAGCCGCCCUUUCCGAUGUACUUGGGAAGGAUGUACCAAGGCAUUCUCAAGAAGAUCGGACCUCUCACGACAUGGAAGAAUCCACACAAAUGAAAGGCCUUUUUCUUGCAACGAACCAGGUUGCGGAAAAUCCUUUAUUCAGCGGUCAGCUCUGACUGUUCACAUGAGAACUCAUUCAGGAGAACGUCCUCAUAUUUGUGAACAUCCGGAUUGCAAUAAAUCUUUUAGUGAUAGCUCCUCCUUGGCCAGGCAUCGACGUAUUCACACUGGAAAGCGCCCUUAUAAAUGUGGCUUUGAAAAUUGUGGCAAAAGCUUUUGUCGUAAAACAAAUUUGACCCGUCAUCAUCGCAGAACUCAUCUAAUGGCUUUGAAAACCGAAAGACCAUUCAUCUGGCGUACUCCAAUCGAUAGUACUCAUCUCUCAAUGUCUGAACCAAUUUAUCAUUCUUAUGUUAAUCCUCCUUAUGAAUACUCUCGAAGGGAUCUUUCUAUCAGUCCUGUCUUAUCUCAAAGUUCAGCCUAUUCCACAACGAGUUCCUUGGCAAGUUCUCCAACCACUCCAAAAUUUCAAAACACUUUGCCAACGAUUUAUGCUCCUCAACCAAUACUACCAACUCGUAGAUAUUAUAACGAUAGUGGAUAUGCAUCACCUUCAUCAGCGACUUCUUCAUUACCAUCUCCAAGUCUUCCAACGACGCAAACUACCCAUUGUAUGAGAUGCUACUGUUGUUGGCAAAAUAAUCAAUUAUUACAAUGGAAUAUUCAACAAAUGAUUAAUCCCCCUUCAACAUUGCGAUACAAUCAACAAGGAAUCGACGCAAAUUUUAUUCCUUUCAAUUAUUAA